CUCCCAAGCCCUGCGCCGGGUACCAGUGCCGCAUGUUAUGUCCCUACGAGUUUGAACUGGACAGUGAGGGUUGUCCACUGUGUGAGUGCCGUGACCCGUGCCGUGGUGUGACCUGCCCAGGUGACACUGCCUGUAUCCUGGAGGAGAUUCCCUGUACGACUGAACCCUGCCCACCCCUGCCAACCUGUAAACAGCCUCGGAGUUUAUCAACACUGUGUGCCAUGGGAGAUCCUCUCAUGUUGGACGACAGUAAGCAGCGACCCUUCCUGUGUGGCACUGACCCUGGCACGCCUCAGUGCCCCACACUUUACAAGUGUCAAGUUACUAGAGGUCAGGACUACGGUGUAUGCUGCGCUGCAGUGGAGGAACUGGAGAAGCCUGGACAGUGCCCACUGGAAGGUGGAAGCUCUCUAGUGGGUGUUGGAGGCGAGGAGGAGGAAAUGAGGUGUGGAGCCUCCUGUCUCCACGACCUCCAGUGUCCCUCCACACAGAAGUGUUGUAUAUCAGACAUCUGUGGUCAGCACUGUGUCCAACCUGUCAAUCUCACAGGUCAAGUGACUGACUCCCAACUCAUCAAUAUUUUGUUAUUAAAAUACAUUCUGUGUGAACGUUCCAGCGUGCCUCCUGCAGUGAAGAUUGAUCGCCGUGUGCUGCUGGUGAGUGAACGUGAGGGGAAGGGCUACGUUCCUCAGUGCCAGGAGAAGAACGGCCUCUACCAGCCCCGUCAGUGCUCCAGGAACGGUCUAAUAUGUUGGUGUGUGGACAGUCACGGCAACAAGCUGGCUCGUUCCCUCGCUGCUGCUCACGAGGUCGACUGUACCCACCUGUCAGUGGAUCGAGACGGUACCUGCCCAGGAGACACCCUGUGCUCGUCCACCUGUGAGUAUGGCUACAAGCUGGGUACUGAUGGGUGUCCUACCUGUGACUGUGACGACCCCUGUGAGGAGCUCACCUGCCCUGACACCUCCACCUGUGUUAUGAGGAGAAACCCAGGCUGUGUGGGUGACACCUGCUCUGCUACACCCAUGUGUCUCUCCAACGAUUCAGACCAACUGAUGCACCCCUCCACCACCACGCCCACACCCACGCCCCCACCUUCCUGUCCCAACGGCCUCACGCCCCUGUCUGUGGGCGGGGUGGUAGCGGAGUGUGAUGGGGAUUCCCCCUGCCCAUCUGAUCAUAUGUGCACGCCCCCAGCCCACGCCCACGCCCAUGCCCGCCCUGCCUGCUGCCCCGUCGUCUCUAUCAUAGAAGCGACGAAGCCAGGUCAGUGCCCCUUCGUGAGGUCUGCCAGCCAGGACCUGUGUAAUGGUCCCAGAUGCAAUGCUGACUCUCAGUGUGGUGAAGACCUCAAGUGUUGUGUGGUCCCAGGCUGUGGUCCCUCCUGUGUAGCACCACAACCAUCACCACACAACCUCUCACUGGACCACGCUUUACUCCAGGGUCCUACCAGUUCACCACUGAGGCUGAAUGAAAGUGUUGUAGAGUGUGGUCCAGAGGGGAGCACCUGCCCCUCCAGCCAUAAAUGUCACCUCUCACCCUUGGGUGAAUAUGCACUUUGCUGCCCCAAACCUCGGGAAGUUUGCUAUGAGAGAAAAGAUUCUGGAUACUGUGAGGGAUCUAUUAAACGCUGGUUCUUUAAUGCCGAAUCCAAUCGCUGUGAGACCUUCCGUUUUGGUGGCUGCGGAGGCAACCUCAACAACUUUGAGUCUGAGGAUGAAUGUCUUUCUGCUUGCCCAGCUCUCAGCUCCUGUGAGAAAAUGCGAGAGAAGAACAUCAGACAUGCUGACAAAGAUAAAAAGGUAACAUUCAUCCCAAAAUGUGACAAGAGUCGAGGAGCCUGGCUUCCAGAGCAGUGUCUGGAGGAGCUAGGUGUGUGUUGGUGUGUGACUCCCCAGGGUGACCAGGUGCCAGGCUCCCUCACACGGGGUGCCCCUCAGUGCCAGGGCACUGCCAGGUCAUCUAGGAGGAUGAACUUUGAUCCAACAACUCCAACCAAUAUGAUCUGUGAGCCUGGUCAGAUAGUCCACGUAUGUGACAAGAGCCUGUGUGAAAACCAGGUGUGUUUCUCCCAUCCCCACGCUGUCUGCAGAGUCAAUCCUUGUGGCGGCUGCUCGGUGCAGUUUGUCGAUGAGUUUAACUCUCCAGUAAACUGUGAAGUUGGCCUCACUGAAUGCCAGAGGGAAUUACAACGAGUGCUCAACUCUCCAAUUUUCACAAGACCUUCCAUGACUUUCUCAGGACGUACAUUCCCCACCUCACACGCUGACCGUCAAGUGCAUUACGAGGUUGACCUGUUUCGAAAUGUGGACGUGUACCAUGCUCGUCCCCUUGAUGUGGAUGAUGUCUCCAGCUCGGAAUCUCUCCGUCGUGCUCGGCACAUUGAGGUUGUCUCUCCUGGGUCAUUAACGGUGUCUGGGGAUGUUGUUGUUGAGGCUCAGGAACACUCAAGAAAUGCUCGUGCUGUGUCACAGAACACCGUGCCAGAGUCACCCUUGGUUGAAUCAACACUGGUGGAUCCUGAUGAUCUAGCCCGGCGACUGUCAGGACCUCUGAGCACCACCAUUGAUGUCUUCCCAAGUCUGGAGGAGUACCCUCCAAGGCUCACCCUCGAUGACACCUUCGAAGCUGUCCCAACUGAAGAUCUGGUGCCCAAGCCCGGGACAUGCCCAAGUGCCCCCAGCGACCUCUCCCUCCUGACGUGUGUGCCCAGCCAACAGUGCAUGUUCGACACCCACUGUGAGGGCUCCAGAAAGUGCUGCUUCAAUGGGUGUGGAGCUAUUUGUGUGGAACCUCAGGAGACACCAGCUUCAACGCAAGGCAUGACUGUGCAAGCCCCAGUAUGUGAGGCUGAUGGAGCAUAUGCUCAUGAGCAGCGUGCUGGUGGCCUCACCUGGUGUGUAGAUGUGAAGGGUCAUCCCAUUCAUGAGACCCUCACCCGUGGACAUGUCCGAUGUGGGCCAAAUGGUCAGAUUCUGGAGCAGGUGUCUGUUGGUUUUGUGUGUGCUCGUGGUGUGAGAGCACGAGUGUGUAAGAAUGAGUGUCGUCAUGCUUCCUGUCAUUCACACCCUGAUGCUGUCUGUGUGGCUGAUCCUUGCAAUGAUUGCCGUGUUACCUUCUACAGUGCAAGUGGGGAAAAAGUUCACUGUGAAGGUCGCUGCUCCCAGCCCUUAGCGAGGGGCAUGUGUCGUGCCUCCUUCAAACGCUAUUUCUACAAUGCCACAGCUGACCAGUGCCAGGAGUUCAUCUUUGGCGGGUGUCUUGGCAAUGACAAUAAUUUCAAUACUAUGGAAGAGUGUCAGGAGGAAUGUCAAAAUCCAGAUAUCUGCAGUCAGCCAGUUCAGGCAGGUGUGUGCUCUGGAGGUGAAGCUCGUUGGUACUACAACACUGAGACCAGGAAGUGUGAACCUUUCCUCUACAGUGGUUGUGGUGGUAAUGGUAACAACUUCAAGAGCAAGAGUAGAUGUGAAGCCCGCUGCCCCAAUUUAGUGUUGUGUCCAUACUGGUCAGCAGCCAGCAUGGAACCUAUGCCAUGUUCCCGGGCUAAGGCAUGUUUUAGUCAGACAUGUCAUGGUCACCCAGAGGCCAUAUGUGUAACAGACCCUUGUACUUGCACUGCAAACUUUGUUGAUGACCAGGGAAAUCCUCUUCAGUGUCUUUCUCCAACAGAACCUCCAAAAACACGCUUGGCUUUCACUUUUGAGGAGCAGGAGUCCAGUAGCAACGACAAUGACAAAAAUGAAGAAGACAACAUUAACAGCACUGAGGAAGACUCAGAUGAACUCAGCAAGAACAGUGGCCCUGUGACUAUUUAUCUGGAGGGAGAACCAACUCUGACACGCUGCCAACUUCUCCAGCGACACCUUCAGGAAAAUAACUCAAUGAAAUAUGUAGCGCAGUGUGAUGAAGAGGGUCGAUUCACCCCCCACACUUUUUACACACCAUCCAGUGAUGAGCAGGGCUUCACAGAUGACCCAAAGUGCUGGUGUGUGGAUGAACAGGGCACAAGACUCAACCUACUGUCUAUUUUAACCCGUGGCGAGAGGGAUUGUGAUCCAGUGGCAGUAGAAUCGGUGGUGGUAACAUUGGGCUUCCGUGGACGUGAAGCUGGCGUAAAGCAUCUUGGCAAAGCUAAAGGCAAAGAAAUACGUGAUCAGGUGAAUACCCUUUUAAAACAAAUGACUGCUGAGACUUUAGAAAAUGAAGUGGGUGUCGUCGACCUUCCUGACCUCACACAGGUCAAGUUCACACUUCUUGGCAAUAACAAGAUCGAUGUAGCAUACCAGCUGGAAGAAAAGGUGAAAAAGGGUGAACUAGCUCUGCAAGUAGAUGAGGAGCGUCUCCCUGCUGACCUCCGUGCAUCGUGGUUCCAUCAUCAAGUGUCAGAACCUCGAUGGGAGACGCCCCUGGAGGUGCGUUCUGGAGCCAGGGAGGUUGUGAGUGAGGCUGUGGCUUUGGAACCUCCCUACCUUGCUGCUACUGUCAUCUUUACUGUUAUUUCUGCCAUGUUAGUCUGUGGGCUGGUGGUUGCUGUCGUUCUCUACCGCAGACACAAAACCGGACAAUACCCUAAGGGUCCCCGAGGAUCAAUGCAGAGCCUAGCCUUCAGUGACACUUCCAUGGACCGACGCAGCACCACUUCCAAACUCUCAGACCAGUUCCAGCCACCACCACCACGCCGACGACCGUCACAACUGUUGAAAAUGAAUAUCGUAAUGGUCGUCACUAAAUGGCAAUUAAUAAAGCUGUGAUGCAUAACCAACUAAAAGUUUUGUUCAUUAGUGAGGAAUAGUUUUCAUCAUGUUCUUUUGCAGAGCGAGUUACUUGCAGUUGUAAUAUGCAUGAAAUAUAUUAGAACGUGACAAAAGUUCACAAGUGGAAACUAAAUUUCAAGAUACCCUUCAGAAAUGGAAAUGGCAGAAGUUUUUUGCAAUCCCGAGGCUGCUUCAUCAGUGCCAUGGGACAAUAACAGUAGAAAUAUGCAAGAAUCACACUAGGCU